GUUAAUACUUUGCUGAUUAUGUAACCGGCCUUUUUCUUCCUCUGAGCUCCAAGGAAAAACGUGCGCAGUGAUCGGAGAUUGCAUCAGCUUCUAUUUAAUCUCUAUAUUAUCCUUCUCUUUGUACAUUAAUUUGUGUUUGUGCUCAAAUUGCUGUUUUUUUAUUAGAUUCUCUAAAAUAUUCCAAAUAUAUUAAAAUGUUGAAAGUUUUACGAAGCUCAAGGUCAUCAUAUUUAAAACCUUGUCUGCAGAACUUUUGCGGCUCAAGGAGUGUUGCUUCUCAAAUACAUAGUAAAACUUUACUUCCACUUCAAUCCAAAUAUGGAAUGCAAAGAAGAUAUAAAUCUGAUACUGUUAAAGGGCAUGUUAUUGGCAUUGAUUUGGGAACCACCAAUUCCUGUGUUGCCGUUAUGGAAGGUAAAACACCCAAAGUAAUUGAAAAUGCUGAGGGUUCUAGAACUACUCCUUCUGUUGUUGCAUUCACUGCUGAUGGUGAGCGUUUAGUAGGAAUGCCUGCAAAAAGGCAAGCAGUGACAAAUGCUGCAAAUACGCUUUCAGCUACAAAACGUUUGAUUGGACGAAAGUUUGAGGAUGCUGAAGUACAAAAAGAUAUGAAAACAGCAGCUUUUAAAAUAGUUAAGGCGACUAGUGGUGAUGCUUGGUUAGAAGCUAGGGGUAAAAUGUAUUCUCCCAGUCAAAUUGGUGCUUUUGUUCUAAUGAAAAUGAAAGAAACGGCAGACAGUUAUUUGGGUUCAUCUGUAAAGAAUGCUGUAAUCACUGUGCCAGCCUAUUUCAAUGACUCUCAAAGACAGGCAACAAAAGAUGCUGGACAAAUUGCUGGUCUUAAUGUUUUAAGAGUCAUAAAUGAACCUACUGCUGCAGCUUUAGCAUAUGGUAUUGACAAAACAGACAAAAUAAUUGCUGUAUAUGAUUUGGGUGGAGGUACAUUUGAUAUUUCAGUAUUAGAAAUACAAAAGGGUGUUUUUGAAGUCAAAUCAACCAAUGGUGAUACUUUCUUGGGUGGUGAAGAUUUUGAUAAUGCUCUAGUCAGUUAUUUAGCUAAAGAAUUUAAAAAAGACCAAGGAGUAGAUUUGUCUAAGGAUGUUAUGUCUAUGCAAAGGUUAAAAGAAGCUGCAGAAAAAGCUAAAAUAGAAUUGUCAUCAUCUGUUCAGACUGAUAUAAAUCUACCAUAUUUAACUGUUGAUGCCAGUGGUCCAAAGCAUAUGAACAUGAAGUUGACAAGAGCAAAGUUUGAAAGUUUAGUUAAUGAUCUCAUUAAAAGAACAGUUGAACCUUGUAAAAAAGCUAUCACUGAUGCAGAUGUGAAAAAAACUGAUAUCCAAGAAGUUAUUUUAGUUGGUGGCAUGACUAGGAUGCCAAAGGUUCAAGAAAUGGUUCAAGAGAUAUUUGGUAAAGUCCCUAGUAAAUCUGUAAAUCCUGAUGAAGCUGUUGCUGUAGGUGCUGCUAUUCAGGGAGGUGUACUCGCUGGCGAUGUCACAGAUGUUUUACUCUUGGAUGUAACACCCUUAUCCUUAGGUAUUGAAACACUAGGUGGUGUGUUCACUAAGCUCAUCACAAAAAAUACUACUAUUCCAACUAAAAAGAGUCAGGUAUUUUCUACUGCAGCUGAUGGUCAAACUCAAGUUGAAAUCAAAGUAUUCCAAGGAGAACGAGAGAUGGCUCUUGAUAAUAAACUAUUGGGACAAUUUUCUUUGGUAGGAAUUCCUCCUGCUCCUCGUGGUGUUCCUCAAGUUGAGGUUACUUUUGACAUUGAUGCUAAUGGAAUUGUUCAUGUGUCUGCACGUGACAAGGCUACUGGUAAAGAACAAAACAUUGUUAUUCAAUCUUCUGGUGGUUUAAGCAAAGACGAAAUUGAAAACAUGAUUAAGAAUGCUGAGAGGUAUGCUGAAGAAGAUAAAAUCAAGAAGGAAAGAGUAGAAAUAGUCAAUCAAGCUGAAGGUAUUAUCCAUGACACUGAGUCAAAAAUGGAUGAAUUUAAGAGCCAACUUCCUGAGGAGGAGGUAAAAUAUUCUCUUUGAAAUUCUUUUUCAUUGACAUUUGCAUGAAAUUGAACAAUAAUUUCUUUUUAAAACUGCAAAUGAUCUUGACAGCUUAUAGUAAUUAUAGCCUGCCAUUUUUUAUCUUUAAAUAAGAUUACACAAAUGAUAGUUGACAGAUUGUGUGUUAAUACUUUCAUCCUUCCUUCUUGCAUCUCAAUCAAUCUUGGAAUGAUUUCAAGAUAAAAGUCACUUUUAUUUUACAUUUAUAUCUGAAGAUUGGCAACUCUUAAAACAAAUAGUAAUUGAAUAAGUUUAGGAAUUUAAAAAAAAGUUUCUGUUCUCUUCUCAGUAAUAAUUUAAGCCUCUGUUUUUUUUCUUCAUUUUAAAAUCUGAGGGAAAAAUUAUGUUCAUGUGCUGAGAUUUAAAAAAAAAAGCGAAAUUAAAAAUCUUCAAAUGUUCUGAUCUUCAGCAUCUGCUACUGUGCUGAAGGAUUUCUAAUAGUGUGGUCCCCAAUUAAAUUUUUUUUUUUAUUCUUAUUAUCUCAGGUUUGCCCCCAUGCGACUAAAAUGCAACUAUUUUUGGCCUCAACUAACUAUGGCAAAUUUUUUAUUUGUCUGAAAAGGCUAAAAGCUACUUUUUUCAAGAAAGAGAGAUUAUUGUGAGAUUAAAAAUUUAUUGCUAGAACACCAAUGUUAAUGUAAAAAUUAUCAUAUUUGCCACCACCUUGACUAAAUGGAUCAUGGUAUAUGACAAGUCAUUUAAUAAAAUUUUAGUCUUAUUUAGGCAACUAUUAUCAUGCUUUAAGCUACUAAAAGCAACUAUUUUUUUUUUUGUGGCAACCCAGUUAUCUCUAAAAUUUGUAAACAGCUUUGAUUCCUUUGUAAACUGUUUUUGUGUUUGGUUUCAAACCAAGCACAAAAAUACUUUCAUGGGUAGGGGUAUUUUAACAGGGUUCUUGCUGUCCUAAAAAAGUGCUAAAAUUUUUUUCCAACUUUUUUAGGGCCUAAAAAGUGCUAAAAUUUCUUCUGAGUGCUAAAAAAGUGCUAAAUAAUUUUUAUUUUGGCGUUUUGAAAAUUUUUUUUGAGCGGUCAGAUUCCUUAAAUCGGUUUCCCUAAAUCCUUAAAUUCUGUUGCCUUCGGCUGUUCUGCUGCCUCCAUCUUUUUAGAAAAUUCUUGGGCUUUGGGGAAAGAAGUUCUUUCUUCUGACAUUGUAUGGGCUUUAAAAGUUGUAGAAAGCUACUACUCCUACAGUUUUCCAAAGACACUGGAAAAUUAUAUAGUACAAUGUUUCCAGACAGUUCAAUAGCACGUCAUUUCGCCUGCAGUGAAUAUAAGUGUGCAUAUCUCUGUCAUUUUGAACUUGCACCUCAUUUUAGCAUGCUAUUUCUGAAGUGCAUUGAUAAUGCCAAGUUUUAUACAUUGCUUUUUGAUGAGUCUUUGAGCAAAGCAACACAGCAGUAGCAGUUGGAUAUACAUAUCCACUUUUGGAACCCAGGUAAGAACAUUUUAGAGACGCGAUACUUAACAUAAGUUUUUCUGGGCCAUUCUACAGCAGAUGACCUUUUAGCCUGCUUUUAUUCAUCAGUCAAAAAUGUAGACCUGAAGAAAUUAUUGCAGAUUUCUAUGGACGGUCCUGCUGUCAAUUGGAGGUUUUAUAAUAAUAUUCAAGAAGAUUUGUUAAAAGAGCAUGGUGUUCAAUGCAGUGCAAUAGGAAGUUGUGGGCUUCAUAUUUUAAAUAAUGCAUUCUACAAAGGUGAAUCUGAAACAGAAUGGCUCAUUGGUUACAUCCUGAGCUCAAUCUUCUAUCUUUUUAAAGAUUCACCCACAAGAAAAGAAGCCACCGUUGGCUGGAAAAUGCACCUGCAGCUGAAAGAGCAAUAUUUCUUUGGAAUGAUCUGAAAUCUUAAGUGAAAAAUGUUGGCAAGUUUAGAAAAGUGAAAUGUAAAUCCUUUUUAACUUUACAGGAAGCAAUAAAAGACAAAUUGAUUCUUGUUAGGCUGAACUUUUUCUGAAAUGUGUCGGAGCUAGUUUAACCAUUUUUGAAACUGUAUCAAGCAAAUCAGCCACUUUUACCAUUUUUUGCUGCAGAUAUCCAGGAUUUGGUAUUACAUAGUGUGCAAUUAUAUAACAGUCUGAAGCCAGAAUCUAUAGAAAACUUAAAUUCUCUGGAGAAACUGUGCCAUUUUAAUUUUUGUGAUGAAAAGAAUUAUGUCUCUCUGACAAAAAUCAGUGUAGGUUUUAAAGGUGACCAAAUUUUAAAGCAGUUGGCCUCAAAAGUUAUUUCUGACCGGGAUCAUAUUAAUAUAAAGAAAGAUUGCAGAAAGUUUAUCACCAAAAUGUUAGAAACUUUACUAGAGAAAUGUCCAAUAAACUAUUCUGUUGUUAGAAAUGUUGCUUGCAUCAAUCCAAAAUUAAUGUCAGAAAACAAAAGCAAGUGUGUUCUAAAAAUGAGAAACAUAUUAAAUUACUUAAGUCAAAAA